AUUCUCCGACACAGAAUCUAAAGAACUUGAUCACUUCAAAUCCAUGCUGGCCUUAGCCUUACCACCUGCUGCAAACGCCCUGCAGACCUCAUCCUCUUUUCUAUUCCAAACCAAAUUUCUUCCUGCAAAAAUUUCCAAUUCUUUAAAUGAUAACAGAGAAACUCAAGAAUCCACUGCAGGCAAAAUUAAGCGACUUGUUCUUACCCAGGAAGGCAGAACCAAACUCAACACAUACCCUGACACAGAAUUCUAUGCCUAUCCACGGUUUGUGACCCAUGUUGAUCAUGGCUUUAUUUCCACAUUGACCAACCUCUAUAGAGAGAGGUUGAGACCUGGUUCAGAGAUUCUUGAUCUCAUGAGCUCUUGGGUUAGUCAUCUGCCUAAAGAAGUUGCAUACAAAAGAGUAGUGGGACAUGGGCUUAACGCACAAGAACUUGCCAAGAACCCAAGGCUGGAUUACUUUAUUGUGAAGGAUCUCAAUCGGGACCAGAAGCUGGAAUUUGCGAGUACCAGUUUUGAUGCAGUGAUAUGCACUGUUAGUGUGCAGUAUCUUCAACAGCCAGAGAAGGUAUUUGCAGAAGUGUUUCGAGUGCUAAGGCCUGGAGGGGUGUUCAUUGUGAGCUUUAGCAAUCGAAUGUUCUAUGAGAAAGCCAUUGGAGCAUGGAGAGAAGGGACUGGAUACAGUCGGGUUCAGCUAGUCGUGCAAUACUUCCAGUCUGUGGAAGGAUUCACUCAACCAGAGAUUGUUCGGAAACUGCCUGCUUCUGGUGGCGCUCAGGAGGAUAAUUCAGCCUUUAAAUGGUUCAUGGGUUUGCUAGGAUUUUUGUCUGGAUCAGACCCUUUCUAUGCAGUAAUAGCCUACAAAAACUUCAAACCUGUAUACGAAUAAAAUCCUGGAAUUCUGCCGGUCACAUUCAAGAGUUAAGGUCGAGGCCAUUCAUUAGUACUGACUAUAUUUCCAGAUAUGCUCAUUACAAUUUCGUUCUUUUUAUUUUUUCAUAUCGUUAGUCCAUCAUGUCUUUGUACCCAUAUAUAGACAAGUAUUAAACAUCUUGUUUGCGUAAUUGAAAAUAUAAUGAAAACAUGAUUAUAUAGUA